ACACUGUAUUUUAACUACAUAGCUUGAAAACAGAAGGCACACAUUUUUUUUUAGCAUGAAUGUCCUUUUAUAAAUUUUAGAAUAUUAUGUCCAAAAAUUUCAUCACUUAUCACCCAGUUGUGUUACUUUCAUAAAAAAAAACUCACAAUUCAUUCAACUUUUACACCUUCACUAUCCAUCGCCCGUCCGAGGUUGACGGCUUCGACUAAGAAGCAAACAGGAGCUCCACAGCAAGAAAAAAAAAUCAAACCACAAACAACACUGCCCAUGUCUACCUUCUACUAAUUUGCUAACAUUUUUCGCCCAACAAAUCGGAAGCAAACGACCACCAACGGCAGCGGUAACGAUCGACGGUGGAUAACCGAGCGAUGAUAGUGGGUGAUGCGAGCGGGAGGGAAAACCAUCGGAAAAUUGCAUGUCCACGGCCCAGGCAGAAACGCAAACGCCCGCAAGUGAAAUGGAAAAAAAGGGAAAAGAAAAGAAAAUUGCGCGUCGAUCGCGUCGAAAAUGAAAAAUGUGAAAAUAUGUUGUGCUGCACUCGAAACAUAAGAUACAUACCCACACAAGGCAUAUACCACCCCCCGGAGCACAUAGGGAGCCUCGGCCAAGAUUAAACAGAGCAUUCAGUGUACUUUAAAAGCAGAUGCAUAUCAAUUGUCUAAGUCAGUAUCAGUACGGAUUGCAAUCGAUUAAGUGCAGUGCCCAGUAGUAGCAGCAGUGAAGUUUUGGGAUAAAUCAUCGCGAACUUUCGGAACGGUUGUGUGAGAGAACGUGUGCGUGGAAGUGAUCAAGGGACUUUCUGAGAGAUACAGUUGUGAAUUGUGAUUCUCAAGUGCCACCCAGCAAACAGAAACAAAAUGUCACGCCGAAGCACCGUGUUGGAAUAUCUAUUGCUUGCCUCAUUCAUCACCUCCGCACUGUGCGCCACGACACGCGGCCAGACCCGCGUCGGGCAGAAGAACGAGAAUAGCUGGUUCACUGGUGAGCUGAGUGUGCUGCAGAAGGUCUACGAUGACUGCCAGGAUAAGCAAGAUUUCACCGGUUGCCUCAAGGGCAAGGCCCUGACUGCCAUCUCGCGCGCUGUUGAUAUGGAAUCGGUCCAACUGUUGGACGGAGUGUCACUGGUCAAGCAGAAGACUGCCGAAAACGUGAGCAUCCCGCUACUGUCCGAUGCCCGCGCUCUGAGCGGUCUUGGCGAGGUCGAUCGUUCGAUCCUGGCCAAGCUGAACAAGUUCUUCCAGACACACUCUCUGCGCGUUGACAUGCAACAGCAGGAAGGAGCUGCUGCCCGUGGAAAAAGUCAGAACAAACACCACCGCUACAUCAUCGCUGCCGUCCUGACCGCCAUGGGAAUUGCCGGACCAAUCGGUCUUAAGGUUCUGGCUGCUGUCGCCGGUAAGGCUCUGGUCAUCUCGAAGGUUGCCCUCACCAUCGCUGGUAUCCUGGCCCUAAAAAAGAUCUUCGCCCACGAUCGCCAUGAGGAAACCAGCUUCCAGGUUCAUGCCGGACAUGACAACAGACGAAAUGCCUACGUAGUCCGCAACCCAGCCAAGAUGGCCGCCAGUGUUGACCCUUACCGGUACUACUACGAUCAGCAACAGCAGCAACAACAACAACAGCAGCAGCAACAGCAGCAGCAGUACGGUACCAUGUAAACUCAACUCGAUCCGAUCAAUCCGGAACAAACCACGAAAGCAACAUAAACAUAGAAGAAAGCAACGAGUCCCUUUGUAAAUUAAUAUUUAUUUUAACUUAUCACCAUCGGCGUCGAUAAAUUAUUGCUAGUGCUAUUAAAUAUUACCUGUUAUUUAACGAAGACAACCAAAACUCAAAAGUGGCCACAGUUAGCGACUCCCGCCAGCAGUUUCCACGAAGUCCUGAUCGAUCAUCGAUUUAGUGACGAUCGCAGGGCAACGGCGACAGCUGGCAUUGUAAAUUUAUAAACGAGAAAACUACAGCAUUGCAACCAAAAAUUAAUAAACCAAAUUCAGACAGCGAUACACAAACAAACCUGCCCGAGCCCAAGGAAGAGGAUCCCAGGUGUUAGCAGUAAGCGAAUUGAAGAGUUGAUUUAACGUAAGAAAAAGACGACAAUUUGUAAGCGUGUGAGUGUGAGAUUUUUAAUUGGCAAACAACUGUAAUCAUUACUUGUAAUGGGGAACAUCCCUUAGGACAAUGCGCGGUCCUACAUCGAUGCGCAGAUCAAUAAAUGGAAUGAUAUAAGCAACUUCUAGAAAAAAAAUUGUUUUAUUUUUAUUACGGCCUGCAGGUAGCUCAAUCGGAAAACCGAUCCUUGUAGGAAUUAACGCGUAGUUUGAAGAGAAGAAUGUUACAUAAACAUAAAAACAAACACUGAACGCAAU